AUGCGUUUCAGGAAGAAUAUAGUGCCUUUUCCACAGCCAAUCGGUCUCUGGUACUUUGGCAGGUGGUAUGUGCCGGUAACGGUCUUCUGUGUGGCAGCAAUGAGCAACGCUGUCAACCUCACAGAUGGUCUUGAUGGGCUGGCAGCCGGCACCACUGCCAUUGCAUUCAUUGCUAUGGCCAUUGCCUGCCUUCCCAUCUACCCUGCCAUGGGGGCGUUUGGAGCAGCGAUGGCGGGGGCGUGCAUGGGGUUUCUAGCGCACAACCGGCACAAGGCGGCAGUGUUCAUGGGAGACACGGGCUCCUUGGCUCUCGGGGCGGCGCUCGCUGCAAUGGCUGCCACCACCGGCCUCUUCUUCCCUCUUCUUAUUGUGUCUGCUGUUUUCUUCCUCGAAACAGUUUCGGUCAUGCUACAGGUCUCCUUCUUCAAGCUCACCAAGCGGAUCACGGGCACCGGGUUGAGACUUUUCCGCAUGUCGCCCUUCCACCACCACCUGGAGCUCUCGGGCAUGGCGGAAACCACCGUUGUCAUGCUAGCGUACAUUGCCACGUUCCUGGCUGGAGCUGCAGCAGUCUGGGUGGCGUUGAUUUCAGUUUGA